ACAGGCGGAUUAGCCGUGCACGCGCGUCUCCCGGUCCAUCACAGCUCUCCUCGCUGACAGACAGACACCAUGACGGCGCGCGCUCUGCGUUCUCUGCCUCGCGCCCUAAAGCCCGUUUUCAGCAACCGGUGUCCGCAGGCUUUUGCUGUAAGAAAAUGUCACCAGGCAAAACAAUCGACCUACACUUGUUUUUGUGUUGUGAUUGUGGCAGGAAGCUGCAGGUCUCACUGUCCCCGUCCUGUUUGUUUGUAUUUUUUGAUAUUCCUGUUGUCCCUCCUCUGUUCGGAUCUCCCCUUCCUCCAUCCACCCAAACAAGACUAUACAGCAGUUUGUGCGUGUUACAGCCUCCACCCGCAAAGUACGGGGGGCGACACACGGUGACCCUGAUUCCAGGAGAUGGGAUCGGACCGGAGCUCUCCGGAUAUGUACAGGAGCUAUUCCGGUUCUGCUGUGUGCCGGUCGACUUUGAGGUCGUCAAUGUGGACUCGGCGGAAGAUGACAUCACCAAUGCCAUAAUGGCCAUCAGACGCAAUGGCGUUGCACUGAAAGGAAACAUCGAGACCAAUCACAACUUGCCGUCGUCCUACAAGUCCAGGAACAACCUGCUGCGGACCACUCUGGAUCUGUAUGCAAACGUGAUCCACUGCCAGUCUCUGCCUGGUGUCAGAACACGCCACAGUAACGUGGAUAUCCUGAUUAUCAGGGAAAACACAGAGGGAGAGUACAGCAGCUUGGAGCAUGAGAACGUUCCGGGCGUGGUUGAAUGUCUGAAAAUCAUCACCAGGAGCAAAUCUUUACGCAUCGCCGAUUAUGCUUUCAAGACGGCCCGAGAAAAAGGACGCAGCCGAGUCACGGCUGUGCACAAAGCCAACAUCAUGAAGUUGGGUGAUGGCCUUUUCCUGGAGUGCUGUAGAGAAGUUGCCAGUGGUUACCCAGAAAUCACAUUCGACAGCAUGAUUGUGGACAACACCACCAUGCAGCUGGUUUCCAGGCCUCAGCAGUUCGAUGUGAUGGUCAUGCCCAACCUGUAUGGCAACGUUGUGAGCAAUGUGUGUGCUGGGCUGGUUGGUGGACCAGGCCUGGUGCCAGGGGCCAACUACGGAAAGGACUACGCUGUGUUUGAGACGGGAACCAGGAAUACAGGUAAGAGCAUCGCGAACUGUAACAAAGCCAACCCCACAGCCAUGCUGCUGGCCUCCUGUCUGUUGCUGGAUCACGUGAAGCUGCACGCCUACGCCCAGAUCAUCCGCGGAGCCAUCCUGUCCACUCUGUCUGAGGCCCAGCUUCACACUGCUGACCUGGGAGGCCACAGCUCCACCUCUGACGUGGUUCAGUCCAUCAUGGAUGCUGUUCAGAGCGCGGGACCCCGAACGCUCAGCAUGUAGAGCUGACGGGAAAAGAGCCACAUCAAAGAUGAGGGUGUCCACACAAGUAGAGGUGCAGGUUCUGCUUGGAUGUGUCUUAGCAGAUCAGAUUAACUCUGAAUGUUGGAUAAACUGUUAGGAUUUUCCCUAAAACUAACUCUGAUCCAAGUGCAGCAGAAGAUGUGUGAAAGUCUGAUUAAACAGAAGUACAUGUGGUUAUUUGGGAUGGGAUUUGCUUUCUUAAAGAUCUUGAAGAUCUGUUCUUUUUUUAAUGAUUUGAAAAAAUGAUGAUUUCAUCUAUGAAAUGAAUUAUUGGAUAAAGAUCAAAAUAAUUUAACCUAAACUAUCCAUCAAUAUGGAAACUAUUAUAAAAUCGAGUUUGGAUUUUUUAAAAAUGUGUUGAUGAUGACAUUUAUGUCAGGCUGUUUUGAUCUUUAGAUCUGCUGUAUUUUCUGACUGAAGUGAUGCAUGUUUUUCUCCUUCUGGAGAACAGUUACAAACACUCAGUAAAUGAAGAGUUCCCUGCUCAGAAUAUGUCGAAUGAACUUAUACUCUGCUGCACUCCUCCUCUUUGUGCCUUUGUGGUAAAUGAUCCUGAUUUAUCCUUGAAAACAUAAACACAUUUUUAACAUUUAGUCUCAAACAGAUGCAGGUUGUAGAUCUGUUUGCUUAAGAGUUAGAAGAUAGAACUUUGAUAAUCUUUGUUGGUUCAUGUCACAACUGUAAUUUUCUGAAAGGACUUCCCAAAUGUCCAUGGUUUGAAAAAUAUGUAUGUUCAUUUAAAUUUUAAUUCUGUCAUUACUCACAAAACAAUCUUUCAUUCCAUUAAUAAAACAGUCACAGUUA